AAGUAGUUGCUAAGUUUUGGUAUGGUCGUUAAACCGAGGAGUAGUCAAGAAUGGAGACUCGCAACAAGAUUUUGCUUGCUGUAUGUGCAACUUUCUCCAUCUUAAAUCUUGUCGAAUCUCAAAAUUAUCAACAAGGAUUCAUCAGUUUGGAUUGUGGAUUACCUUUAAAUGAGUCGCCUUAUAACGAUUCAGUUACUACUCUAACAUAUAUAUCUGAUGCUAAUUUCACCCGCGGAGGAAAAACUGGUAAAGUGGAAAAGUACUUGGAGAAACACUUUAUUAAACCAUAUACAGUUUUGAGAUACUUUCCAGAUGGAAUACGAAACUGCUAUAGUCUGAGUGUCAAGCAAGACACUAAGUAUUUAAUCAGGACUGUGUUUCUAUAUGGAAACUACGACGGUCUUAAUACUUCUCCAAGAUUUGACCUCUAUCUCGGUCCUAAUAUUUGGACAACCGUAGAUGUGCAAAUAUCAGGUAUAGGUGCUCUUGAGGAGAUCAUUCACAUAACAAGGUCUAACAUUAUAGAGAUAUGUCUCGUCAAGACAGGGACAAGUACACCAAUGAUAUCAGCAAUAGAAUUAAGACCUUUGCAAUAUAAUACUUAUAUUGCUCGAACCGGCUCCUUGAAAAGAUUAGACCGCCUCUACUUCACCAAUUCAAAUGAAAGUUUACGUUAUCCAAAAGAUGUCCGUGAUCGUAUUUGGUUUCCUUACUUCGAGCAGGAAUGGACGCAAAUAAACACAACCUUGAAUGUAAGUGAUUCUUCUGAUGGCUAUGACCCGCCACUAGAUGCAUUUAAGACCGCAGCCAUACCCACUAAUGCAAGUGAGAAAAUGACUAUUACUUGGAGUUUGGACAUCUCUGAUGAUCAAACUUAUUGUUACAUAUAUGUGGCCGACAUUCAACAAGUUCGAUCCAAUGAAAUAAGGGAGUUCGAAAUUGUGCUGAAUGGUAAAGUUCAUUUUGAGCCUUACCGUCCUAAAAGGUUUGAAGUAAAGACUUUCAACAACACUGUACCGCAAAAAUGCGAGGGAGGGGUAUGUCGUGUGGAGCUCUCAAGAACCUCAAGGUCGACUCUUCCACCAUUAAUGAAUGCUUUUGAGAUUUUCAGGGUCAUUGACUUUCCACAACCAGAAACAAAUCAAAAUGAUGUCAUUGCUAUUAGGAAUAUCCAAUCUACAAGCGGUUUGAAUAGAAUCAGUUGGCAGGGUGAUCCAUGUGUCCCUAAACAAUUCAUGUGGAUUGGUUUAAGUUGUAGUGUUAUCGACAUGUCCACACCACCAAGAAUCAUAGCAUUAGAUUUGUCUUCAAGUGGAUUAACUGGAAUUGUACCCCCUAGCAUACAAAAUCUAUCUCAGCUUCAAGAAUUGGACUUGUCAAAAAACAAUUUAACUGGAGAUGUGCCUGAAUUUCUAGCCAAGAUGAAAUCGUUGUUGGUCAUAAACUUAAGUGGAAACAAUCUAAGUGGUUCUGUUCCUCGCGCCCUUCUUGAUAGAAAAAAGGAAGGGCUAAAGCUAGUCCUUGAAGGAAAUACAAAGCUAUGUGUGGCAUGUGGUACAAAAUUCCCUGUUGUGCUAGUUGUUGCGUCAGUUUCUUCAGUGGCCAUUAUCAUAAUCGGGUUAGUUCUCAUCGUCCUUGUAAGAAGGAGAAAGCAAUCAGCUGGGAAAGGAAAACGUUCUGGCUCUGUUUUGAGCUGGUCAAGUAGACUUAAAAUAGCUUCUGAGUCGGCACUAGAAUAUUCUACAAAUGUGGAGAUCUGGAGAGAGCAUCCUCCUUCUUCUUACUCUCUCAAGAUCAACACACUCUCAAAGCUUAAUAGCGAUAUAUACAAAUCCCGUCGUUUCUUGUCCGGUGGAUACAACUGUGAGGUCUUUGCCUAUCUUGUGUUCUUCGCCUAUAACAAGAAAGCAAACAAAUACUUUACUAUCCAAGAUGUUGAAGUAAAGCGGUUCAAUGCAUUAAGAACGGUGUGGGGAUUACCACAAGUGCUUUCACUUGGAACUUUCAAUGACCCAAAAAAUGGAAUUAUCUUCGAGGGAGAACAAUGUGAAUUUGGUGUUGAUGUGAUGGUUGCUCCACCUUUUAACAAGUGGGAAGUCGUUUCUUUUGAUGAGAAACUCUAUAACCCCAAGUUCUCCUGGAAUGUUAAGAAUUUCUUGAUGCUGAGAGAGAAUCUUUACAUAUCCAAUAGCUUUCCAAUGGGAGGAAGAAAAUGGGUGUUAAAGUUGUAUCCCAAGUGCUUCUCUACAUCAGACGGAAAAUGGAUCUCCAUCUUUUUACAUCUAGAAGACAAUGAAAGAUUAAUGGCGGAUGAGAGAAUUUACACCCGUGGUAAACUCCGAGUUCUAGACCCGCGUGGAUCCAAUCACGCCACAGAGAAAUUUAUUUGCUGGCAUGAUGAAUCAAACUCAGGUACCGGCCAUGAUCAGAUUAUGUCAUCAAUGGCUAAGCUUCGGGAGUCUUAUUUGGACAAGGAAGGCACGUUGACCACAGAAUCUCUCACUAUCUCAAGCAACAAAACCAUUAUAUCUCCUAGUCAAAUCUUCGAGCUCGGUUUCUUCAAUCUCGCAUCAAGUUCACGUUGGUAUCUCGGGAUUUGGUACAAGAUAAUCUCUAUACGAACCUACGUAUGGGUUGCUAACAGAGACAAUCCUCUCUCUAAUUCCAACGGAACUCUCAAAAUAUCCGAAAAUAACCUCGUCAUUUUUGAUCAAUCCGAUAGACCUGUUUGGUCGACCAAUAUAACCGGAGGAGAUGUGAGGUCACCAGUGGUUGCGGAGCUUCUCGAUAACGGUAAUUUCUUGCUUAGAGACUCCAACAAUAGACUUUUAUGGCAGAGUUUCGAUUUUCCGACAGAUACUUUACUUGAGGAGAUGAAAUUGGGAUGGGAUCACAAAAAUGGAUUCAACAGAAUCUUGAGAUCCUGGAAAACCACGGAAGAUCCAUCAAGCGGUGAUUUUUCGACUAAACUCGAAACUAGCGAGUUCCCUGAGUUUUACAUAUGCAACAAAGAGUCGAUACGGUACCGGAGCGGUCCAUGGAACGGAAUAGGGUUUAGCAGCGUAGCAGGGACGAACCAAGUUGGUUACAUAGUUUACAAUUUCACAAAAAAUGGUUCCGCUGGUUGCAUGAGGAAGACGAGGCUGAGCUGUGAAGGUAGAGAUGGGUUUGCGCGGUUGAAGAGAAUGAAAUUGCCGGAUACUACAGCCACAAUUGUGGACAGAGAAAUUGGGUUGAAAGUAUGUAAAGAGAGGUGUCUAAAAGAUUGUAAUUGCACAGCGUUCGCUAAUGCGGAUAUUCGCAAUGGUGGGUCCGGUUGUGUGAUUUGGACCGGAGAGAUUUUGGAUACCCGAGCUGAGGGAGGUCAGGAUCUUUACGUUAGACUAGCCGCUGCUGAUCUCGGGGACAAGAGAAUCAAAAAUGAAAAAAUGAUAGGUUCGAGUAUCGGAAUGAGCAUUUUGCUUCUUAUAAGUUUCAUCAUAUUCCAUUUUUGGAAAAGGAAGCAGAAACGAUCUAUAGCAAUUCAAACACCUAUUGUUGAUCAAGUGAGAAGCCAAGAUUCUCUAAUGAACGAAGUAAUAGUAUCAAGCAGGAGUUACAAAUCCGAAGAAAACAAAACAGAGUACCUAGACCUUCCAUUGAUUGAGUGGGAAGCUCUAGCCAUGGCAACAAACAAUUUUUCUAAGGACAACACGCUUGGACAAGGUGGUUUCGGUAUUGUUUACAAGGGAAGGUUACUUGAUGGAAAAGAAAUCGCGAUUAUAAGUGGCAAAAGAAAUAAAGGAUUCUACAACUCAAACCGUGAUCUUAAUCUCCUCAGUUUUGUGUGGAGGCAUUGGAAGGAAGGAAAAGGGCUAGAGAUUGUAGAUCCGAUCAACAUAGAUUCUUCGUCAUCAACGUUGCGGACACAUGAAAUCUUAAGAUGUAUACAAAUUGGUCUCUUGUGUGUUCAAGAACGUGCCGAAGACAGGCCAGUGAUGUCCUCGGUAAUGGUGAUGCUUGGAAGCGAAACCACCGCUAUUACUCAGCCUAAACGUCCUGGUUUUUGUAUUGGGAGAAGUCCUCUUGAGGCUGAUUCUUCGUUAAGUACACAACGUGGCGAUGAAUGUACAGUGAAUCAAAUCACUGUCUCAGUCAUUGACGCUCGGUAAUUUGAAAGUUACCUACCCAAUCUGUUUAUAUGCAUAUUCUUUUAUUUGCAAAUCUCUAUGGCAAAUUCCCUACCAAAAAAAAAAUCUCUAUGGCAAAUUUUCGUAAAAUUUUGAGAAGCCUCAACUUCGCAUCUGGUGAAAUAAAUAGGGAAAAAAUGU